AUGGAUAUUGAAAUGCUUGAAGAAAAAAUAAAAUAUAUUGAAGAUGAAUUUGAAAAAUUGAAAAAGGAAGAAUCAUAUAAAAUUGAAAAAAUAAAAAAUGAAAUUAAAUUAUUAGAUAUGAAUGUUAAGGAGUUAAAAAAAAAGAAAAUUGAAAAAUGCAUAGAGUGUAAUGAUAAAUCUUUUGAAAAAAUAAUUAAGGAAAAAAAUGCUUGCAGGAAAAGAAUAAAAUAUAUAAAAGGUGUAAGAAAAGAAAUAUUUUUUGAAUUAAAAAUGUUGAAAGAUAAGAAAAAAAAAGAAAAAACUAAUUUACUAAGCAAAAAAUUUCAAUUAACACAAGUAUAUGAAAUUGCAAAUGAAAUAAAGCAGAACUUUUUAGAAUUAAAUAUUCGAAGACAAUUUUUAUUUAAAUCAAUAUUUGAAAAAUUAACUAAAUUUAAAAACAAAUCUUUAUGUUUUUUCAAUAAAUAUUUAUAUAUACAAAAGGAGAUUAAUUUAUUAUUUCAAUUAAUCAGUAAAAAUGCUUUAAUAGAUAUUUUUGUUCUAAAUAAAAAUGGUUCAUUUUUUCAGAACGAACUAAUAAAAAAUUUUCAACGCUUUUAUUACGAAAAUGAAAAUUCUUUAAUAUAA